GUCUGCGAAAGUAAUUCCGUCACUCUUGCUAACCUAACGCUUUCGGCCUGGGCACUUGUUCUUCGGAGCUUCACGGGUUCAGACGACAUCUGCUUUGGCUAUCCUUCCGCUGGUCGUGAUUCCCCCGUUCCUGGAAUCCACGAUGCUGUUGGUAUUUUCAUUAACAUGCUGUGCUGUAGAGUCAAGUUCACGUCGGGUCAGACAUUAGAGGAUGUCUCCAAGUUGGUACAGAGUGAUUAUAUUGGAAACCUUCCACACCAGAACUGCUCCCUGGCACAGAUCCAGCAUGAUCUUGGCCAACAAGGACAGUCACUUUUCAACACAACUCUAUCCAUCCAAAAUCGUUCAGGUCCUCAAGACUCCGGUGACAAGAUUAUAUCAUUUGAGAUGCAAAGGGCACAUGAUCCGACCGAGUAUCCUGUCACUGUAAAUGUUGAAACAACUAAGGGCCGUGAGGGCAUCAUGCUUAGAUACUGGAAGGACACAGUGUCCGACAGUCAAGCGAAGGACUUGGCAAAUGCUAUUGCUAAAGUCUUUACGUGCUUUAUUGAGCGCCCGUCCAGACUGGUAUCGGAACUCAAGCUUGCCCCAAGCCAUGAUUCCUCGGCUAUGAGUAACUCUGCUUUGAUGGACUCGGACGUGCUCAACAGUGAUGCUCUAAAGAAGUUGAUUGACAUCCGCGUCAAUGAGAUAAUCACCCGAAUGCUCAAGGAGGGAACGCUAGCUAUACCUACCGUUCAUGAGCUUCAUAUUGAAGCAUCGGAGGGUUCAUUCACAACGAAACGGAUGCCUCGUGAAGGGAAUCUUUCUGACUCUACGCUGACCUUGACCAACUGUAGUAGAACGUCAACAGAUACUAGGGAAUCAACUGACCUUGAGAAACGGCUAUGGUCGCUGUGGAGUUCUGCACUAGGCCUAUCUCCUAGCAUUGUCAACCGCAAAGGCAGUUUCUUCAAGCUAGGCGGCGAUAGUAUAACUGCUAUGAAAAUGGUUGGCGCUGCUAGAGAGGAAGGUCUCUCGUUGAGUGUAGCAGAUGUCUUCGGCAAUCCGGUGUUCGAGGAUAUGCUGGCCAUAGUCGUUGCUAAGGAUACACCCGCAGUGUUUGAAACUCAUACACAGGCCAUUCAGCUCAGUGAGAAAGUCCCAGAGUCACCGGUCGUCAUCACCAGGGCAGUUUCACCCGACGAGAUAUCCGUGCUGCGGCCUGUGCCAAUCGACGAUUCAUCUUUGCAGUCCAGCAUCUGCUCCAAGAUUGGUGUCUUCCGAGGUGGAAUUGCCGACGUUCUCCCCGUUACAGACUUCCAGGCUAUGUCAAUCACCGCAAGUCUCUUCAAGUCCAGGUGGAUGUUGAACUACUUCUUCCUUGAUGGUAAAGGUCCAUUGGACAUUAGACGACUUAGAGAAAGUUUCUUGCAAGUUGUCGACGCUUUCGAUAUCCUUCGGACCGUGUUUGUCUGCUUCCAUGGCCAAUUCUUCCAGGUUGUGCUGAGAAAGAUGCGGCCAAUGAUUGUCGUUCACGAGACGGAGCAGAGUCUGGAUGAGUACACUGAGUCCCUACAACAGCGUGACCGAGAACAGGAUCCCCGACAAGGCGAACAAUAUGUGCAGUUCUACGUCGUGAAGAAGAAGAAUACCGAUCAUCAUCGUAUCCUGAUCAGAAUGUCUCACACUCAGUUUGACGGCGUCUGCCUGCCACGAAUCAUGUCGGCCAUCAAAAUGGGCUACGAGGGCAGCCCUAUUCCCCCAACAUCCUCUUUCUCGAACUACAUGCGCAUGCUCCCUGGCAGUAUCACUCCAGAACAUUAUCAGCAUUGGUCGACACUUCUACAGGGCUCUAGGAUGACCGAUAUCAUCAGAAGACAGACACCCAACAACUUCCAACACAUCGGCUCUUUCACGGCGCAGAAGAAGGCCAUCGAGAUCUCAGCUACAGUUAUCGGCGACGUCACGCUCGCCACGGUCAUGCAGUCAGCCUGGGCCAUGACACUGGCCAAGCUCUCUGCACAAUCCGACGUCGUAUUCGGCCUCACCAUCAGCGGCCGAAACACAGCCAUCCCGGGUAUUGAAAGCACCGUCGGACCCUGUCUUAACAUGAUCCCAGUCAGAGUCAAUUUCGGAGACCGUUGGACCGGCCUCGACAUAUUCCGCUACCUCCAAGAUCAACAAGUCGCCAACAUGCCGUACGAGUCCCUGGGAUUCAGAGAAAUAAUCCGCAACUGCACCGACUGGCCCGACUCCACAUUCUUCACCACCUCCGUCUUCCACCAGAACGUCGAGUACGAGGGCCACAUGCAGCUCGACGACAACAUGUACCGGAUGGGCGGCGUGGGCGUCGUCGACAACUUCACCGACAUCACGGUAGUAUCCAAGCCAACAGGCGACGGCAAGCUGGACAUCACGCUCGCCUACUCCGAAAGAAGCGCAAUCAACACCGCCUUCGCCGCGAAGAUCCUCGACAUGCUCUGCGAAACCGCACACAGCCUCAUCACCAACCCCCAAAUCGCCCUCCCCUCACCAUCCACCCUCCGCUCCCUGCCCUGCCAAGUCAUCGACGACCUCCCCAGACCAACAGAAGAGCACUUCCUCACCUCCAACCUCAACAGCAGAAGCAUCUCCGAGCUCCUCGUCCACUCCGACAUCCUCAACAAAACCUGGCAAGAUGUCCUCCCGAACAGACACCCGGAGACCCCCCGGCCGCCCUUCCAACUCAACUCCUCGUUCUUCGGCCUGGGCGGCGACAUCUUCAGCAUGGGCCAGCUGGCCUGGGGUCUCGAGCAAGAAGGUCUCCAUGUUCGCCUCGAGGAAUUACUCGAGCAUCCUACUUUCCUGGGCCAUCUGGCUGUGCUGGCUUUGCAUAAUGCCAAACAGGAGAAUUUGGUGGAGAGGACGAGGACCGUUGAGAGCACAGCUCGUGUCCCGUCUGUCUCUGUUAAGGGGAGGAUGAAGAGUGCCAAUUGGAAUCCUCUUGGUAAGGCUCUUACCUUGGCCAGGAGGUUUACUACGAAACGGAGUACGAAGUCUUGA